AGCCCUCUACAGGGACGUCAUGCAGGAGACCUAUGAGAUGGUGACCUCGCUGGGAUUUCCCCUUGCCAAACCUGAGCUUAUCGCCCGCCUGGAGCAAGGGGAAGAGCCGUGGGUGCCCGAUCUCCAGGCCUGCGAGGAAAGAAGGCUUCCAAGAUGCACCCAUACAGAAGGUGCUGAGCGAGGGAAUGAGAAUGAGGAGGAGAAUCAUCAUCAGGAAGUUCCUGGAGAAGUGCAACCCCAGGCGACCUUUGUGGGAGGAGCUGAAGGGAUAUGUUUCAGUCCAAAGUCAGCACAAAAGUCACUUAAGAAAAGCCACACUGUAGAAAGGCCCCAUAAGUGCUUGGACUGUGGGAAAAGUUUCAUGCAAAGGUCAGACCUUGUUAAACAUCAGGCAAUACACAGAGGAGAGAGACCCCACAAGUGCUUGGACUGUGGGAAAAGAUUCAAACAGAGGUCAAACCUUGUUCACCAUCAGGCAAUUCACACAGGAGAUAGACCCUACAAGUGCUUAGACUGUGGGAAAAGUUUCAUGCAGAGGUCACACCUUGUUAAACAUCAGGCAUUACACACAGGAGAUAGACCCCACAAGUGCUUGGACUGUGGGAAAAGUUUCAAGGAAAGGUCCUACCUUGUUAAACAUCAGGCAAUCCACACAGGAGAGAGACCCCACAAGUGCUUGGACUGUGGGAAAAGAUUCAAACAGAGGUCAAACCUUGUUCACCAUCAGGCAAUUCACACAGGAGAUAGACCCUACAAGUGCUUAGACUGUGGGAAAAGUUUCAUGCAGAGGUCACACCUUGUUAAACAUCAGGCAAUCCACACAGGAGAGAGACCCCACAAGUGCUUGGACUGUGGGAAAAGUUUCAUACAAAGGUCAGACCUUGUUUGUCAUCAGUCAGUCCACACAGGAGAGAGACCACACAAGUGCUUGGACUGUGGGAAAAGUUUCAUGAGAAGGUCACACCUUGUUUGUCAUCAGUCAGUCCACACAGGAGAGAGACCCCACAAGUGCGUGUACUGUGAGAAAAGUUUCAUAAGAAGGUCACACCUUGUUCGACAUCAGGCAAUCCACACAGGAGAGAGACCCCACAAGUGCUUGGACUGUGGGAAAAGUUUCAUACGAAGGUCAGAAUUUGUUUAUCAUCAGGCAGUCCACACAGGAGAGAGACCCCAUAAGUGCUUGGACUGUGGGAAAAGUUUCAGACGGAGAUCAGCCCUGGUUAAACACCAGAAAAUCCACACAGGAGAGAGACCCCAUAAGUGCUUGGACUGUGGGAAAAGUUUCAGACGGAGAUCAGCCCUGGUUAAACACCAGAAAAUCCACACAGGAGAGAGACUCCACAAGUGCAUGGACUGUGGGGAAAGUUUCAUAAGAAGGUCAGAAUUUGUUUAUCAUCAGGCAGUCCACACAGGAGAGAGACCCCACAAGUGCUUGGACUGUGGGAAAAGUUUCAUACGAAGGUCAGAAUUUGUUUAUCAUCAGGCAGUCCACACAGGAGAGAGACCCCACAAGUGCUUGGACUGUGGGAAAAGUUUCAUACGAAGGUCAGAUUUUGUUUAUCAUCAGGCAGUCCACACAGGAGAGAGACCCCACAAGUGCUUGGACUGUGGGAAAAGUUUCAUACAGAGGUCAGAGCUUGUUAGACAUAAAGUAGUCCACACAGGAGAGAGACCCCACAAGUGCUUGGACUGUGUGAAAAGUUUCAUGAGAAGGUCAGACCUUGUUUGUCAUCAGUCAGUCCACACAGGAGAGAGACCCCACAAGUGCUUGGACUGUGGGGAAAGGUUCAUACGAAGGUUAGACCUUGUUUGUCAUCAGUCAGUCCACACAGGAGAGAGACCCCACAAGUGCGUGGACUGUGAGAAAAGUUUCAUAAGAAGGUCACACCUUGUUCGACAUCAGACAAUCCACACAGGAGAGAGACCCCACAAGUGCGUGGACUGUGGGGAAAGGUUCAUACGAAGGUUAGACCUUGUUUGUCAUCAGUCAGUCCACAGAGGAGAGAGACCCCACAAGUGCUUGGACUGUGGGAAAAGUUUCAAACUCAGGUCACACCUUGUUCAACAUCAGGCAAUUCACAGAGGAGAUAGACCCCACAAGUGCGUGGACUGUGAGAAAAGUUUCAUAAGAAGAUCACACCUUGUUAAACAUCAGGCAGUCCACGCAGGAGAGAGACCCCCACAGGUGCUCACUCCGUAGGUAAACAUUUAGACAGAGAUCGGCCCUGGUUAAACACCAGAAAAUCCACACAGGAGAGUGACUGUGUAAGUGCUUGGACUGUGGGAAAAGUUUCACAUGGAGAUCAGACCUCAUUCAACAUGGGAGAAUCCACACAGGAUCUAAACUUCUGUGACACAUGACAAAAAGGGUUAAGCAGCUUCCAUGUAAUUGACUCAGAUCAGGCCUUGUUACACAUCAGGGAAAACUAAAUCCUCAGUACCACUUCCAGGGCCGGCUCCAGGCACCAGAUGAGGAAGCACGUGCCUGGGGGGCGGCACUUUUUGCUUGGGGUGGCAAAAAGAGCUUGAGCUGGCCCUGAUCACUUCAAAGUAAUCUUAUUGAGAGCGGCAACAGUUCCUCAGUACCUCUCUGCAUUUGAUUUUGUUACAAAAUCAAUAAGUUCGGAUGGCAUGAGCCCCAGAGGGACAGACGGUUCCACGGGCAGCUCUCCUUCGAUACCCCAUUAGAGAUUUCAGAAGGUCUCUUACCUCUUGAUUGGCACCUUGGGGUUCGAAGGGGAACAGUCCGCAGUAGCUGCCGCUGGCUGAGCUGAGCGUUACCAUCCGAGUCACGGCAUCAAUAAUUGUGGAAGAAAACAGAGUUUUUACUUUUAGGUUGGUUGUAACAAAUCAGAGACAGUUUAUUCUUAAGCAAUUGCAAGAGGGGAACUGCACACCCGGGCAGGGAAUCUCUCUUACUGCAGGUAGGGCUCCAAAGAUAAACAGUUGGAGCAAGACUUUCUACCUUUUUUUUAAAUCGACAAUAAUGAUUAUAGCUGAACAACCUUGCCACUUGCUGAAACCAGAAAACUGGAUCUACAUAAAGGUCCAUCAGCGAAAGACCGCCCUGGCUCCACGCUGGAAAGGCCCUUAUGAAGUCCUGCUGACUACCAACACCGCUGUAAAAUGCCAAGAACUGACUGCCUGGACCCGUGCUUCUCACUGCAAAAAGGCCUCUCCACCUCAAGAGCACUUUACGACUGAUGAUCAGCCUGUUUCUCCUUCUGGUGCUGCUGUUUCUUUUGGGCAGCAGAAAAAAAGGAUAAGAUAAAAUGCUAGUAACCUCUCCCUUGUCCACUGACAGAACUACCAUGCAUUUGGCUUGUGCUGAAAAACCUAAAGCAUUACAGGGUGAUGUGCUAGUAACCUCUCCCCUGCAAAAUGCUAAACCACCACUGUGCCAAGAAAGAAGAAGGAACACUUGCUCUACUGAAACCACCAAAGCCCAGUAUCCUGCUGGGUCCGUGGGAAAAAUGCAUGUGGGAUUAAAUAAUUCACCAAAACAUUUGGGAAAUUAAACAACCUAGUAUGCCUAACCGAUUUCUAGUCAGUGCUCCUGGAAUAACCCCCGACAUUUAAAUAAAAAUAGGGCAUCAGUGGACACUUUGGCCUUUAGAACCCCCACAGCUUCAGCGUGUACAAAAACUGAAGCCUGGGGAAGUUGUCACUCUUCAUGACAACGUUUGUUGGAAGGGUAUGGGACAAAAAACGACCCUACAGAACACCUGCUUUUCCAAGCUAAUAAUAGCCGCGUGUAUGUUGUAAGAGAAAACUUCAAUAGGCCUCAUAUUUCUCCCAGGCCUCUAUUUAUCCAAGGUAAGCUAACUGCAUAAGUGAGUAGGAGGGCUGGAGAAGGGGGACAAGAAAGAAACUUGCCAAAGGAGAAGGAGUGUUAGAAAAGCCAGUAACCGCAAGAGGACAACCUGUGAAUAACAGGAAAAGCUUCUUUUGCUAUAUUCUUAAUAAGGCUUGUUUUUGAUAAACUUCUGAGUUACUAAUAAGGUUUGGAAAAGUGGGUGUGUAACUGUUUGUGGUUUUAAGCUUUAAGGUUCCUUGUUAUCGGGAGAGCUACCAGCAUAUGCUUGAAAUAAAGAAGCCUCAGGCUUAUCUGAUUCAAACACAACACGUGGUUAAUUUUCCAUCCCAAUGUCAAAGCCACCACUUUGCAAGACAUACAUUUUAAUCUCACCACUGCUGCAGGCAAUAGAGUUCUACAGUCAGCCCUGAGAUUCCAAAUAACCCUUUAAUUGAACUGCCUUAGUACCUGACCGAUUCCAAAAUUUGCUUUCACUGCUACCAAAGGUCCAGAAAAUCUCUGAAUUACAAGGUCAAAUUCAUAUGCUCCAAAAUAUAUAUAUCAACUUGAAAAGUGUGCCUUUCAUACAGCCUAUAGGGUAUCUACUUUAUGUACUAAUUAUGAUGUAUUGUGCUAUGUAACUAAGGCAGUACGACAGCCCCAUCAUAUUAUUACAAUGGGAAUGUUAAUGCUUUUAUUGCUUUUGUUUAGCUUAAAAUUAUGUUGUCGUAAAGAACAUAAUAAUAAUAAUAAUAAUACCUUACAUGUUCAUACUAACCUUCCAUUAGGCGACCCUAAGCAGUUGCCUAGGGCGCCAGGAGUU